UGAGGUACUGGUUCGCGUGGGGUAGAGCUUCGAACGAGUCACUUGCCAUUGCCUGUCUGGGUUUGCUUUUCCUUUUAUGCAUUUAUUCGUAGCUGUUCUGCUUCGCGUGAGGUAGAGUUCUGAAAGAGUCUCUCCACAUUCUCCGACGAGGACGUUGUUCCUGUCGGAUCGGAAGUCGCGCCGGGAGCUCGCGGCGAAGGAUUUAACUCAAAUCCGGUGUAAAUCCGGAGUCCAGACAGGCCCUAGGCUCACUGUAGUUACAUUUCGAAGAACCCUUUUGGGAUAAGGACGGUCUUCGUGUUUGUUCGUCUUCGUUUUACCAUGGCGAAUCCUUACUAUGGCUCUGGUCCUCUAAGAUCAAGGGAAGGGCUUACGGCGAGAUCGUCGGUGGGCUCGGAUGAGAUCCAAUUGCGGAUCGAUCCGAUGCACGAGGAUUUGGACGAGCAGAUCGCGGGCAUCCAUAGCAAGAUUAGGCAGCUGAAAGGAGUUGCGCAGGAGAUAGAGUCAGAGGCAAAGUUUCAGAACGACUUCAUUAGCCAAUUGCAAAUGACACUCAUCAAAGCUCAGGCGGGUGUGAAGAACAGCAUUAGGAGGAUGGACAAGAAAAUCUUCAGGCAGGGUUCUAACCAUGUUUUACAUGUGAUCCUCUUUGUCUUUUUCUGCUUUCUCGUCGUCUAUCUCUUAUCUAAAUUCUCAAGACGCUGAAAAAAUGGCGAAGUUAGUUCAAAGCCUAAAAGCUUCAGAUGAACUGGAGAACUUUUUCAGAAGCUGCUGAAGAAUGUCUGCGAUAAAAGAUACUUAGCAAUUUUAUGUCAUUGACUGAUGUAAUGAAAUGUUCAACUUGGCGUAUAGGAUUUCGUGCAGUUUUGCAUGUCAGGGAACAAGAAGAGUUGAAACAAACUAAACGUAGAGAUAAUCAGACUGAUCAAACCGAUAGUGUAAGUAUAUUGUAAUGAAGAUUUUAACUUUUACUUGGAAUCUUCCCUUCACGAAUGGGUUGUUUGGUUUAUUGAAAAAAGAACAUUAGAGUAAAAGAAAUGUACUAUAUUUAUAAAGUGAAGUUGUGUGGAUGUCUGUGAAUGAAAUGUUUGAGAUUAUUAUUUUU